AAUUAGCUAAAUACACGGCGAACCUGCAAGGCCGCUAUGCAUGCCCCGAGGCAACCACUUGGUUACAGUCUGUUGCAUGCUAUGCCCCUCACGGUGCACCUAGACCCCGACAAUGUCCGACGACGGCAACCAGGAUGAAAUGUCUAUUCUGUGCAAGCCUAGUUCACCAAGAGAUGGUGACUUCGCUACCGCAACAGAUGUACAAAAUACUGGACCAACUUCAGCAAUAUCCUUUCACGAGCGAAAAUGGGAUCGAUUUCGACGACACUAUAAUGACAACUAUCUCGAAUUGUUCAAAAGGACUUUCGAAACGCCUGAAGACAAUGAUUCAGCACCUGAGCUCCCUGCCACUCAGCUUGGAGCUGUAACUUGGGAGCCUGCGGAGAAGGCCACUUUGUUCCAGGCUCUCUGUCGUAAAGGUAGACACGACAUACAAGGGAUCUCUCGCCUCAUCGAUUCGAAGUCCGAAGUCGAGGUCAAAGUCUACCUGGACAGUCUUCGAGACCAGGAGGCUGACCGUCAGCUUUUUGAGGCUCGACCUAGAAAUAUCUCACAUGCCGAGAUACCUGCCGCUUUCGAGAUUGAUGAGGGAUGUGAGGUUAUGCUUGACCAGGCCGCAGCAGCACUUGAGGCAUUCCAGGAACACUUUGAUUUCGCUGUAGCCCAACGCGAGACACAGACGUGGCUGAUUGAUGCUACAAAAGCCGCAGAGCUGGAUGCCAAGGAGGAUGGAAAGGAGACCAUUAAUAAUUCAGAGUUGGGGUCCGAGGCCGAGGAUGAACAAGAGGCUGAGAGGGUCUUGUCUCUCUACCAUCUUUCAACCUUUCUAAGCUUGAGUGAACGAUUUUUCAUGAACUCGGGCCAUGAAGAUGCCACGACCUGGCAUCAGCUUGUUGAGGAAGGGCAACGCCCUGCGAUGACUAUGGACAUGGUGACAGAGAUGCACGAUCUUGUCACUAGUUUUACGCAGAGGGUGGUUCAGACUUGCAUCUUCAUGGCAUGUUCCCGCAUCCGCGCGUCAACGUCAGCCCACUACAAACCCAGUCGUCUCAUCAGAAAUGAAGAUGUCUCCGCGGCACUUACUGUGUUGGGAGCCGAAACUAGCUUAAGAAAUUUCUGGGUCAGACUUCCGAAGAGGAAUCAAUUAUCAAUCAUUGGAAGCGGACACAGGAAGGGCGGCAGUGUGAGAGAUGUGAUGGCGUACGAUGAGGUGGAAGCCGCCCUAUCAGUCUCUAAACUAGAAAGGUCUACGUCCUCUGCUUCAGAGGACUCACGUCGAAGCCGCGAUGAUUCUCAGGCUAGCUCGACCAGCAGCAGUGUGACAGGUGACCAAGAAGAACACGAAGCUAGCAAUCACUCCUCCUCGAUUGCUUUGUCGGAAAAUGACAGCGAUGAGGCAACAGUAAACUCUUCUGCUCAAGAUUCAUCGACUGAUGUCUCCGGAGAACCUUCAUCACUUGAUGAAGAGGAAUAUCUGGAGCAUCUCGAUCAAUUGGCAGGACAACAAGAGGCGUCAAAGUUGCUGACGAUUCUCGGCCACGCCGGAAAGCUGUCCAAGAAGGAAGACGACAUAGCUGUCAGUACCAAGCCACCGAGUGAACCACGAAAAGCAGUCGAAGAUAGUAUGGGUUGGUCGGUUAUCUAUCAAUCUGAAUGGGAGCGUGAUGGCGCUGUUCUUCCCUCGGCAUCUUUUGCAGAGACUGCGGAUUGUCAUAAGAGACGGAAAAUUGCUUGA